AUGAAUCUCAGUUGCCUCCGCGUAUGAGACCGCCAAUCCGCACAUCUUACCACGUGACUCGUUGAGUGUGCUACCAUGGAGACGUAGCGUGUGUGGAGGCUUCACGCUAUUCUCCGCGGCAUCCAUGCACAACUCACCACAUGCCCCACCGAGAGCGAGAACCACAUUAUAGCGACCACGAGGAGGUUACCCCAUGUGACUCUACCCUCCCUAGCAACCAGGACAAUUUGGUUGCUAAGGAGACCUGACUGGAGUCACUCACCACACGCCCCACCGAGAGCGAGAACCACAUUAUAGCGACCACAAGGAGGUUACCCCAUGUGACUCUACCCUCCCUAGCAACCAGGACAAUUUGAUUGCUAAGGAGACCUGACUGGAGUCACUCAGCAUGCCCUGGAUUCAAACUUGUGACUCCAGGUGUGAUAGUCAACAUCUGGAGGAUUUUAAAAUUUUUAUCAAGUAAUCGAAUUGAAUUGAGUAAUCCCGACAGCCCUAAUUUAAUUCGCCAAGUCUUUCCAAAUUUAAGCUAAAAUGCUGUUGUGUGUGGCCCAUAAUGACUAAUUGGCCUGUAUCUUGUAAGUGCAAUAUUCAAACUUUACAAAAUUCUGUACACAUGGACAACAGAACGUUCUGAGGUCACAUGCCAAAUUUCAUCAAUUUCCGUUGUUAGGGACACCUUUAAUUUUAUACAAUCGGAAUUGUUCAAUGGAACAUUUGAAAUUUGACUGAAAAAUAAAACCCUGUCAACUGCAUCCAAAGAUCUAUUCGGUCAGAUGUGGCUAAUUUGGUAUUCUCUUUACAUGUGUUUGGACUGAUUAUAAUUACUAUCAAAUGUGAGCAAAUUAUCAAUUGUGACAAUAUUUUAAAAUCUAGACGCCACUGGCGACAGUCGGGUUGUGUGCGCUCAUUUGCGGUUUCGUCAGAUAUCAUGUUGUGAGUUAUUGAACACAUCUUUAGAGCUCACAACAUCAGUGUCUCACGCCGCUUUUCACCCAUUCUGUUGCGAUGAGCAAAUGACUCUUUUGAACUGGCUCUUUUUCAUGAGUCACCCGAAAAGAACUGAGGGUGCUCAGGUUAGCAUUCUCAGCGAAUCAGCCGUCGGUGUGUUCACCACAUUUCAAAAUAAGAGUCCCAUGUGUGUUUCAGGAUUCUUUCAAAUUAAAAGUCCCGCACUACUUUGAACAACAAUCUAAAUCGAGCAAUUAUAUGAUUUGGUGACUAAAAACAGCCAUUCAUGCUUCAGUUAAGGAGCCAAUGGCUCCCAAGCAAUUUUUUUAGUCUGGAGCCCCGUGUAGUCAUAAAAUCAGAGACCCUCCCCUCGAAAUCCCUCACAAUCUGUCCAAAGAAAUGCAUUUGAGGUGCAUAUUAUUAUUACAAGCUCAUUUGUCCACUUGGUAUCGGAUCACCUGAAUCAGAUGUUAUUACAAAGUGUAACCGGGUCUUUUCCGGUAGCAUUGAUUUUUGAAGUUCCUCUCCUUCUAGACCAAACACAGUGGGCUGCUGUACGUGCAGGGGUUGUUUGGGGUCUUGGAUAUUACGAGUGAAUAAUUUAAAGGCUCAGCUGCCAGUCGAUCCGCUGUUAUGCAACGGUGCAGAAGGAAACGUUAAAGUGGGGCAGAUCUGUUUUGGCCCUUUCAGUUGAGUCAUGUUGACUUGGUCAUGCAAAGCAAAGUCUUCCUGGUGCUUGAAAAAGCAAAAGAUGCAGUUGAGGUUUGCAUCGCGUCAUGCAAAACAGCAACUUGCAUGAACUGAUGUUGGUGUGCAGAAUUUGCCCCCGGUGAGAAUAUUUGUCCAGUUGUUUAUACACACUUUACAAAUGUUUCUCUGCCAGUUUUCAUGGUCUGUUUGGGAUCUGAGAGUUGUUUGUAUUGCCAGUUGUGUUCAGCAUAACAGAGUGAGUAUUGCUCAAAUCCACAAUUCAAAUGGACUUUACAGCCAUUAUUCAUUUUUAUUUUUAAUAAGAAUCAUUCCUUUAGAACAGUGGUUUUCAACCUUUUUCUGAUGAACGCCCCCUCCCCACCCCACCCCAAUUAUGUGACUUAAGUUGAAAGUGGAGACUUUGUUGUACCAACAAAAAUAAAACUGUGACAGGGCGGAGGGCGGGGUGGGGUUGUGAUUCUACACACCCUGCCUCUUUUCAGGCUAAUCAAGCCUCCGAGAGGGAUAAAGGCCGCCUGCGGACGGUGGUGCGACAGAGAGAGAGCAAUUACGGGCAGCUGACCUGUAUGUGUUUGAUUUAUGAUUACAAUAUAAAUAUGAUUUAUAUUGUCGAGCCGGUUCUUGCCUCCUCCUUCCCAACGGAGCAGCCAUUGGAAAGGAGGGACGGAGGGGGACGGAGGAGCCGGCCGCCUGAGAGCGGUUGGAUGGCCGCCGACCGCGAGGGGAGAAGGGGCUCCUAGCCGACCACCUAGAGAGGUCAGGGCCACUGCCAAGGGCGGAGUAGACCCCUACCAGCCACUAAACGCAGCGGGGUUAAGAGAGGACUGCCGACCGCGAGCAGGGAGGGACUCCCGGUCGACCACCUGGAGCGGGAAAACCACUGCCAUGGGCGGGGAGACCCCUUCUGUUCCCCGAGAAUGUGGCGGGGCGUUCCGUCCAUCUUUAAUGCAUUAUAGCUUUAUUAAAGAUAAAACAAAUAUGUAUAUGUAAAUAACUACAAAUUCUGAAACUGGCAUUUCUCUGUGCGGUCAGUGCCUCUUCUAUGUGUAUUGAAACUGCACCCGGCUGAGGCGCACUCUGUCACGGGACGCUCGUCCCUCGAGCAGCUAGAUUAUAACGUGAUUGCUCACGACUAAUUGAAUCGUAAUACGAGUUACUGUGUGCUUCUUAUCGUGAAGAAAAUUGUCAAUAUGCAGCGUUAUUAAUAAGAGAGUUAAAGAUGGAUUGAAGGGAACAGAAAGGUGAGAGUCUACGCCCAUUAUACACAGAAACAAAAUACGUUUUUGAUUUGUUUUUGUUUUGGCUUGUUUUCCCAUAUAAGUAUCUAAAACUACUUUAAAACAAUGUAAAUUUACUUUAGCAGCUACACAGCAGAAGACGUCGGGGUACUAGCUGAAUAAUCGGUUAAGAGCUAAUGAUUAAUCGGUGCAAUAAUCAUUCUAAUAAUCGUUAGACAAAUCGAUUCUAGACAUUUUAAUGCAAAGAGGAACUUGACAAUAGAUUUGAUUAUUAUGAUUGAUAAACGCCCCCCAUUUGUAACCUAAUGAUCCCCUCUCUACUCAUUUUCUCUCAGCGCCCCCUGGCAUCCUUUGAACGCCACCCUGGGUUAGUGAUGGAUUCCAUGGCCGUAAGCACGUCUGCGACGGGUCAGGAUGAGUUUGACCGGAACGCGCCGCGGAUCUGCGGUGUGUGUGGCGACAAGGCCACCGGAUUCCACUUCAACGCCAUGACAUGUGAGGGCUGCAAGGGAUUCUUCAGGCGCAGUAUGAAGCGUAAGGCGAGCUUUACCUGCCCGUUCAACGGAAACUGCACCAUCACCAAAGACAACCGGCGUCACUGUCAGGCGUGUCGUCUGAAACGCUGCGUGGACAUCGGCAUGAUGAAAGAAUUCAUUCUGACGGAUGAGGAGGUGCAGAGGAAGAAGGAUCUGAUCCUGAAGCGGAAGGAGGAGGAGGCGGCGCGGGAGGCGCGGAAACCUCGACUGAACGACGAGCAGAUGCAGAUCAUCAACAUGCUGGUGGAGGCGCAUCACAAGACCUACGACGACUCGUACUCCGACUUCGUCCAAUUCAGGCCUCCGGUAAGAGAAGGUCCAGUCACUCGCAGUGCCAGUCGAGCGGCGUCUCUUCAUUCUCUCUCUGAUGCUUCAUCGGAUUCAUUCAACCAUUCUCCAGAGUCUGUGGACACUAAACUGAAUUUCAGUAAUCUAUUGAUGAUGUAUCAGGACAGCGCAGGCAGUCCAGACUCCAGUGAGGAAGAUAACUCACGUCUGUCCAUGUUACCGCACCUCGCCGACCUCGUCAGCUACAGCAUUCAGAAAGUCAUCGGAUUCGCCAAGAUGAUCCCUGGAUUCAAGGAUCUGACAGCAGAAGAUCAGAUCGCUCUGUUGAAGUCCAGUGCUAUCGAGAUCAUCAUGUUGCGUUCGAAUCAGUCGUUCAGUCUUGAGGACAUGAGCUGGAGCUGUGGUGGACCAGACUUCAAAUACUGCGUUAAUGAUGUCACCAAAGCGGGACACACUCUGGAGCUGUUGGAGCCGCUGGUGAAGUUUCAAGUGGGUUUGAAGAAACUCAACCUGCAUGAACAGGAACAUGUGCUGCUGAUGGCCAUCUGCCUGCUGUCACCAGAUCGGCCGGGCGUUCAGGACCACGCACGUAUCGAGGCUCUACAGGACCGUCUGUGCGACAUUUUGCAGGCAUAUAUCCGCAUCAACCACGCGGGAGGGCGACUCCUGUACGCCAAGAUGAUCCAAAAGCUCGCGGAUCUGCGUAGCCUGAACGAGGAGCACUCGAAGCAGUACCGCUCGCUGUCAUUCCAGCCCGAGCACAGCAUGCAGCUCACGCCCCUCGUGCUGGAGGUGUUCGGCAGCGAGGUCUCCUAGCAUCCAAAAGCCCCCCGUAACGCUCCAGACACCGGAAACCGCGCCGAGAUGGCCACACACACAAGCUCAGCAUAUUAGAGGAGCAGUGUAUCAUGCGGGAGGUGGAGAGCAUCUCGAUUCACACUAUGGGGGGCUGUAGGAAUGUGUGUGUGUGUGUGCGCGUGUGUGUGCGCUCGUGUGUGUCUGUGUGUGUUGGAGAGAGAAAGAGAGGGUGGGUGGUGCAUAGUUCUGGAUAUUGUUUCAGAAUUCCUGCUUCUAAGCUAUAAGGGAAUUCUGAAAGGAAUGUAUUAAUAAUGUAUGAAUAGAAUAAUACAUAUAAACUAAUAUUUAUAUUUAAGAGAGAGUUGGUUUGUAUUAAAUAAAACAUAUGACCGAGGUGAUCCUCUGUUGUAAUAGGAUUAGUAGGCUCCUUUAGUAAAUGUGUGUGUGUGUUGUGUGUGUGUGUGUGUGUGCAUUAGUGGUCAACCGAUAUUGAUAUUUAGUGAGCAGGGUGACUGAUGGCUGAUAUAAUGUCAAUAUGUUCCUAAAACAAUGUAAAAAUGUCUUUGUUCCAAAACAUAGUGAGCUGCCAGCAUAGGCAACACUUUUUAAGGUAUCACAGUCAACCGAUAUUAGAUUGUACCGAUACCGAUAACUAAGCUGAUUAAACGGCCGAUAGUUUUUAAAAACGAUCAAUUGAAUUUUAACAUGAAUUGAACUUCUUAGUCAUCCCUUACUGUGAUGGGACAAGAGUGCAGAAUGCACAAAAUCAAAGAUACAGUUUAUUGUGCAAGCAAAUUCCUAAUAAUAACCAAAAAAGAAAAGAUUUGGUGUGUAAUGCGGCACUUUUAACUAUGUGCACACCUGGGACUCUUAUUUUGAAAUGUCUAUUUUUCAAGCUCACACAAAUGCAUAAGGGAAACAAAAUGCGCACGCUUACAAUUAAUUACAAUGUGAACACUUUAAAGUAAACAUUGUCAUAUAGGCUCAUAAAUACAGACACUGUCAGUCAAAAUCAACAUAAACAUAAAUAACUUGCAUCCACUUCAAAUAAACCGUAUACAUUGAAUUUGACAGAUAACCGAUAGUUCCAAAAAGCGAUUAUAAGGUGCCGAUUAAUCGGGUAAUCCGAUAUAGUGUUGACCUCUGAUCAUAGGCAUGCUACUGACACGAUGGCUGUUCUGAAACGCGGCAUCAUGAUCUAAGAUGUCAUCAAAUUCUGAGGCAUCGUAUGCAUUCUUAAUGCAAUCCCAGAAUGCUUUGCGACAAACUCACUGACAUAAAUCUUUCAAAGAUGGUGCGUGACGCGAGAGAAUGUUCGAUUAUGAAUAUACUUGCAUUGUACUGAUUUACUAAUUGGCCAUUUUACUCAAUAUUUUUGUGUUAUGUAUUUUUAGUGUUGGAAUUUAAUACGAUUUAACACAUAUAAAAUUAUGCAAUAUAUGUCGUAUCUGCUUUUUCGCUUUCCGUGUGGUUAAAAUUAGCUUGUUCACUACACAACGCAUGUCCCGGGAAUAAUAAGCACAGGAGCGGAUUUACUGUACGGAGACUGCACGUGGUUAGCCAGGUGUUGGAGAGAAAACGCUCGCUCGCGGUCAUCUGAACCAGUGUUUAAGCGAAAUAAACAAAGCGAAUUAAACCUCAGCAUUCAAUUGGGUUUGUAUUUGUAUGUAUAGUGUCGUGUAAUGCAUUGGCAAUGCACACAUAAGUUUCUCUUGCAAAUAAAGCUUGGUAUAAAAUGUAAUACUAUUAGUAAAAAGUAAGCUGAAAAAAAAAUGGCAGACUUUUAAUUACAUCAUGUCCACUAAUUAUAUAACAGGUACUUGUAUCAAAGAUUUAUACCUGUAAAAAUGAACAUUUUAACAUGUGUACAUUUAAAUCAUUAUAAUAAAUGAUUACUAACAGUUUCUUCAAGUUCUUUGAGACCGAGUAUAUAGUAAAUAUAUUUAAUUAUUACAUGAUCAUGUUUUUUUUUAAAUAUACCACGAUUAAUCGCAGAAAACUAUGCAAUUAGUUGAAAUGUUUUAAUCGAUUCAUAUCUCACAUUUGUAUGCUUUUUAGAGUAUUGCAUUGUCAUAUUUGUAUCCUGAAAAUUCCGAAAUCUAUUGUGUCAAGUGUUCUGCGUGCGUCCUACAUAAAGCGUUCCAAAUCAGUUAUUCCUGAGGUUCCGUUUUAAUUCGAAUACUGCCUUAGAAGGCAGCUGUCUAUUUAGGUAGUAUAGAGCAAGGCAGCUCACUAGGUUUUGGACCAGAGCUCUUACUCCGAUUCACUCACAGAAAAUGUGCUUUAUCAUUGACAAAUCUGUCCGUAUAUUGUGGAAUUUACUAGUUAAAUACCACUACUGUUAAUCUGCCAAGUGGGUAUAGACCCAAAAGGGCCUAAUAUGGGCAAGUUAAUCAGCCUGACCGAUAUAUCGGUUUGUCACUAGUAUGCAUGCUUGGAUUAUAAGAGCAACGUAUGUAUUUAAAGUCACAUGCUACACACACGCACACACACAUUAUAAUGAGAGAAGGGGUCCUGAACUGUUGGUCUGAUGUCUGUAUAGAUUGGAUCUUAGAGGACCACAAGAGAGCCGAAACACAGGAACGUCCCAAGUUUGGCCCAAAUGGUAUUCUAGUUGUAUUUAACAUUAAUAACAAGGCUUUCUGGCUGCUUUAACCACAGAUUCAAUCUUAAUUCUGGACUGAUAAUCUAGUACUAGAUCUUUAGCGGAGAUUAACAGUGAUUUAGUCCAAGACUAGCCCUUACUGUACUCUUAAAUGCAGUAUUCAUUAAUGUCCCAAUCCAUAUAGAGUAAAGAGCAACACUCAAGUGCUCAGGACCUGUGUUUGAUGAGUUUGGUGAUACUUUACUGAAGUUCAUUGCCGUGUGCUCUACUUUGGUGGGUUUCACAGUUUUAACCAUAAAUUGUCUACUGUAACUAAUUACAUAAGAAAAAAGGAUUUCAGAAUGGGAUUUACACUAGAGCCAGACCGAUAUAUCGGUUUUACAGAUUAAUCGGUGCCGAUAGUUGCUUUUUGGAACAAUCGGUUAUCUGUUGCCGAUAGUCUCUGACCUCUUUGUCUUUCCAAUUAAGAAAAUGUAACAUUUACACUAGAGCCAGACCGAUAUAUUGCUUUUACAGAUUAAUCGGUGCCGAUAGUUGCUUUUUGGAACUAUCGGUUAUCUGUUGCCGAUAGUCUCUGACCUCUUUGUCUUUCCAAUUAAGAAAAUUUAACAUUCUAUGAAUCGAUUGUAAAAACUUUUGGCCAAAUAAUCGGUUAUCGGUCUUUUCAACCAAUGAAGUUAUCUGUAUCUUCAAAAUCCAAUAUCGGUCGACCUCAUAUUGUGGCUCAUUCUACAUAAAUUGUUGCAUCUUUGCAAAAAUGUUCCCAAACUGGUUUCUCAAAUGAUUCGUUCUGCUCGUGUCUCAUAAACGAGGCCCAAUUUAGUCCCUCAUUCCAGUAGGUUCCAUGCAGCUCUCUUGUGGUCAUAAGCUGUAAAUACCACUCGUAUUGUUUCUGUGCAUAUAAUGAAAAGAAUAGGCUAAUACAAAGUCAAUUAAUCAGCUGAUAAGAAGCUUGGGAGAAAUAUGCAAAUAUGAUAUUUUCCUAUGUUUUGGUGUCUUUUACUCUCAGAUAAGAUAAUAAGCUUUUACGACUGUAUCUAUCCCUGAUGCUUUUAGGUGCGAAUUCCACAUUGAAUUGUAUUGCUAUACUGAUUAAUCAUGGAUUAGUUUUGUAUGGAUUUUGAGACAUCAAACUGGACUCAUUUUUUGUUUGUUUUGUUUUCUGAAAAUCAAUGAGACAUCUCAACCAGGCUGCUGCUGAGCUUCAUCGCUCUUUCUUCUGUUUUCUGAUCUCAAAACGCUAACGGACAUAAACUGAGCAACUCAACUGGUGCUUUAGGUUUUUUUUUUUUCCGCUACAAACGCUGCCUCAAAUCAGCCCGGUCAACGGUCCCAUCAAAGGUCUCUUCAAAGCUUUAACAUUACUACAGGUGAAAUGGGAUAGGGAGGUUGCCCGGACGUUAGCUGCUAAUGGAAGGGGUGGUGUUUCCAAGAGCCGCCACCCCAUUCCUUUAUCUCAGCUGUCUUUGUAAAAGAGAAUUCUAGAAAUAGCUGGAAUGUUCUUCGCAAGUUCGAGUGACUAGAACAGAUGUGGAACUUCUGGAUAAAUGCUGUCCUCCGACAGUGGAACUGGGACAUGGGUAUGUAGGACAUCGGAAUAAGGACAUUUGGUCUCUUUAAGCGGACUGGUGCAUGGCCAGACGCUCUCUGGAGAAAUGCAGAAUUGUCUUGUGGAUGAUGGAUUGCAACACCUUGUAUAUACCAGUUACAAUAAGCUUCUGUUGGACUUCAGUGGUUGGUAUAGCUAAGGAACAUCGGAUGUUCCGUCCCCUACUGUCAUAGGAUAAUCAGAUAUGGCAGUUAUCUGUGGUUUCUAGUUCAUGCGGGUAGAUUGUUGCUACUCCUGGAAAUGGCCACAUUUCCCUCCAGAAGCAGAUGACCACCAUCGCCAGCUCAACCCCAACCCGGUCAACUCCAGUGCAACUGGAUUGCUUGCAUCCGAUCAACAAGGGAAAUAAAAUGGCAAUGUCUCGCACAUGAAACAUGGUGAGACUUGUCCCGCUGUGGGUUUAGCAGGAAAGAGAAGGGCUGUCUUGGCUCCGGAGCGCCCUCUUGCCCCAACCAAGCUAUGAAAUCCAAUACGCAAGAGUUCCACCAAUCUUGGGAUUGUUUCGUUGGCAUCUGAAUGAAAAAAUGGGGUGUCGACAUCACCCCAGUGGCUCUUUCGUCAGUACGUCAGUGUUUUUGUGAGGGGGGAGUUCUUUUAAAUGCUUAGGUGAACAUUUUCUGGACUGUCUAUGCACUUUCUGUCAAUUUAUGUAAGCCAGAGCGAAAGGUCAUGGUCUGGUUUGGCUCACCAAGAGCAUCCUCGUGGAUUUCCAGAGAUACUACAGAGAGGAAUCUAGGCAACUUUGGUCAUAGUUUGUUGAGCGUGGUGACUCAAGUCUUUCUGAUGUUCUUAAGGAAGGUUUUAUUUUGAGUCCUUGUCAAGCAGAACCCCUCUGAGGCAUCUCUGCAAGCCUCCAUGUUGGAUGUUCUUGGCUGAAUUAAACAAGACCGGCAACAGACCAACCCUACUGCUUUAGUGUUGAAAGUCAUUUGGUUGGUCAUGGUGCCACGUGCUUUACAGCUAGACUGAAGAAAUCCAAAAAAACAAGUCAAAAUUUGUUUUCUCGAUAGUUGAUUUGGAAAAGAAGUGUCUCCCAAGAACUUACACCUGAAAUGAAAGAGUUUGCUAAAACGCUGUUCCCUCGAAUUCUAGAAGCUGAGCUGAGCUGUGCACGGAUUUCUUCAGUCUAGUCGAGGAACACGUCAUUUUUGUUCAUUUACAUACAUAAAUGCGGGUGACUAGAACAGAAUUGUUGACGACUGUUUGAAUGCUGAUUGGAAAACACAAACCACAAGGUGCCGUUGUUAACCAAAAUGAACUACCUCUCUCAUUCACACGUUAUCAUUACACCAUUUCAUGUUUGUUUGGAUGUUUUUUCUUUGUUAAGAAACACUUAAUCCUUCACUUAUUUAUUCCUCACCGACUCAAAUGCUGGACUGUUUACCUCAAAAAAUUAGCUUUGCCUAUAGCUUAGCCUUAGACGGUGAUCUACUGCCAGUCGGGUGGCCAAAACCCCAUUUCUUGUUGUGCUAGACAUCAUCGCUGUUAUGCUUAAAACAUGGCAGCUCUGUGCAGGAUGCCCAGUAAGUGUGUAUGCUAAAGAGUGUAAAGAGUUAAAACCUGUACAUUCUACAUCAUAAACGUCGCUAAAACAUCUACAGAACAUCUCGAUGACGUAUUGGAGAUGAUGCAAAUGCUCCAAAAAUAAUAUCGUCCUGGUCAAAACACUCGCAUUGCAUGACGUCUUGCGCUAUCAGGGUGGUUGAUAAUGUCGGCCUGCACAGGGAGAUUUUCCCGCUAGCCUGAAUUGCUAGUCUCUGUCAGUAUUCGCUCUUACUCAUGCAGAAUGCAAAGCAUUGACAAACAAUCUAGCUAUUCCCAAAGGAUGCUUAAUAAGCUAGCUAAUUUAGUACUGUUUUACUGCGCUACCGUAAACGCAGUGAAAUCUGUGUAACGCAUAUAAAAUAUUCGGGCAUUGCAGAUGUUUACUUUGUAUUUUAGGUGUAAAACUUUUUCAUCUGUGUUUGAGCUAAGAGCAUUACCGCCUGUUAGGCCUGUACCGCCCCAAUCUGCUUUAUUUUGUCUUUCCUUUUUCGCUGUUUCUCUCCUCGUCCCAGUGGCGUGUCCAGACAUAUCAGUGCUAUUUUUUUUUUAAUUGUUGCGUGGCGGCUGUAUCGUGUCUUGCACCAUUUGUUUUUAUGUCAGUCUCGGAUUCGGGAGAUUCAUAGCUUAGAAUUUAGGGAUGUCAAAUCAAUUUUAGGGGUGAGGCCACCAUCUGGACACGCCCAUGUCCUCUUUGUUUCUCUUUGAACUGUUCCACAAACUUGUACCAUUAACUCAUCUAAAUCACCUUCUGUCCAUUAAAACCUCGCUGUCGUCCUGACGUCCGACCUCUUUCCUGUUGUCUCAGUCUAUCCGUGUCACAUUUCCAUCCACGUUCCCCCUGAACUACACCCAACCGCACACACAUACAGAUUCACCAUCAGCAUUUUUUUACAGAUAAACUUUAUACUCUUAUGCAGUAUAGAAAAUGUAUUAUGUUGAAUUUCAAACAUAGAGACUGACAUAUUACUGCUAAACUUUUUAACAUUAUUCAAACAGGCGUCUUCAUGCUAGCUCAGAUAAAGAACCUCUGUGUGCCUACAACCCAAAGCCUUAUUUUGGGAACGUGUCAUGUUACGGCAUUCGUUUUAAAGCAGUCUGUGAAGCUUUACCCAGUAUUCAUGGAUGAGAUUGUGAACCAGGGAUGGAUUACGACUUGCAAAGGCCCCGGUGCAAUUAUCUCCAAGGGGCCCCCUCCAAAAGUUGUUGUGUGGGGGUCAUUUUCAUGGCCAAAAGUUGUUCGUUUUCAUUGAUGAUGGGUUUUCGAGCGGGGGGAUCGCCAAACUGGAUCGCGCAACCUUAAAGCCCAAGGCCCCUCCGGGCAGUCAAGGGCCCCUGGGCACAGGCCCCAUUGGCCUGGUCGGUAAUCCCUCCCUGUUGCGAACAAUAGUCAGACUGAGUACAUAAGUCAUUUUUGGCAAUCCAUUUGUGUAUAAGAAUCCAUGGAUGACUUUAAGGCAAGAAACAUGUUCUACACAAUGCUUGUCCAACGCAUUACAAGUGUGCCGCAGUCCUCAAGGGGGCGAUAGAGUUUCCUUCAAAUGUCUGUGCCAUUAAACCAAAUGUGUUAUUAAUCAGAUAGAUAGCUUUUAACAUGUUGAAAGUUGAACUAACUUUAUGCCAGCAAGAUUCUCUUCAAACGGUUGCUCCACCAUGCCAGUAGUUAACCUAAAGGGUUACGUCAUUGCACGCUAGUUUGCGUCGCUAAAUGCAUUUGCAUUCAUGUACUUGUGUAGCGCAUGUUUCAGGUUGUGAACCGAAGAACCACAGAUGAGUUUGAAGAAUUAAGAACUUCAGAGUGGAUUUUCAGUCUGGCUAUAGUUCACCCAAAUACAGGAAAGUUCUGAUUGGCUUCUCUGUGAUCCAAACACUCGUCUCUAACAGACAGGCCGAGAGAAAACUCCUUGAGUCUGGUGCCUUAGUUUCAGUUUUUACGAACAUGCACUCAAAUGGUUUGAAGUCGUUGUAACACGUCGCAUGUGCAUUUUUGUUCUAACGUUUGUUGUGUAUGACAAAAGCUUGUGUAAUUGUGACCUGAACAUGUCCGUAGAAACAAUGUACUCUCUAUAUCACUGAUUAACUCUUGGUAACAGGUGUCCCCUUAAAAGCAAAUAUAUUUUGGGACGAGUCAGUUGGUACAGCAGCACUUCUGAUAACUGUACUCGUCAGUUUGGUAUGUUUCGGCACUAUCACAGGUUUCUUUUGUUCGUCCAGGUUUCCACUUCAGAAUCAACUUGACCUCUAAUGACUCUGGUACCAUGUGCUGCUUUCCCAAAAUUACCCCUCAUUUAUUCACCCCCAUGUUGUUCCAGACCUGUAGCUUCUGUUGGCCAUACAACGACAGAGGAGGGUAAUUUAUACUGCCAAGCUCAGAAAAACGCCAUAAAUGUAUCAUAAAAACUAGCGAUAGCCCGAUAUAUUGGCCAGACCGAUAACCGUUUUACACUUUCUAUUUUCAAGAGGGUUUUUGUUUUUUCAGGUUUAUGCAAAUUUGAGUAAAUAUUGCACAUUUUUGUUAAUAUUGUAUGAAAUAAGUUUGGUUUUAUUUUUUUUUUCAUUUUAGAAAUGUAUUGUGCAUCUGAUUUGCAGUUGUUAAAUUGUAUUGUUUAUCGCCAUUUAUAUCGGCCAUCCUGCUCUCUAGAUAUCAGUAUCAGCAAUGGCCACUGAAAAAACAAUAUUGGUCGACCACUAAUUAAUACACCAUAAAUGUAUCAUAAAAACUAGUUAUAGACCGCUGUAUCGAUCAUGCCGAUUAAUCCACCAAUAUUUGGCCAUUUUGCAAAUAUAUCGGCAUCGGUCGAUAACCAUUUUUCUCUUGGCCAAUUAACGGAAGUGUAAACUUUAUCUUGUGUCAGUUCCGAAAUCUACCAGUAGAUGUCAAUGGAGAGUCAACACUUUCUGUUGUUAAAUUAUAUUGUUUAUCAGCAUUUAUAUCGGCCAUCCUGUUCUAGAUAUCGGUAUCAGCAAUGGCCACUGAAAAAAACAAUAUUUGUCGACCACUUAUAAAAACACCAUAAAUUUAUCAUAAAAACUAGUUAUAGACCGAUAUAUCGGCCAGGCCGAUUAAUCGGCCAAUAUUUCGGCAGUUUGCGAAUAUAUCGGCAUCAUUCAAUAACCAUUUUUCUCUUGGCCAAUUAAAGGAAGUGUAAACUUUAUCUUGUGUCAGUUCCGAAAUCUACCAGUAGAUGUCAAUGGAGAGUCAACACUUUCUGUUGUUAAACUAUUGUUUAUCAGCAUUUAUAUCGGCCAUCCUGCUCUCUAGAUAUCGGUAUCAGCAAUGGCCACUGAAAAAACAAUAUUUAUCAACCACUUAUAAAUACACCUUAAAUGUAUCAUAAAAUCUAGGUAUAGACCGAUAUAUCGGCCAGGCCGAUUAAUCCACCAAUAUUUGGCCAUUUUGCGAAUAUAUCAGCAGCGGUCGAUAACCAUUUUUCGCUUGGCAGUUUCAAUCACAGCCCACUUUUAUUGUAUGGAAAAGUGAAGCUCUGACAUUCUGCUUAACAUCUUUCAUUGUGCUUGACGGUAGAACAUAAAUAAUACAUGUUGGGAACACCAUGAGAAUUAGUAUUUAAUGACAAUUUACAUUUUUGGGAUUAACUAUCCCUUUAGAGGAAUAUUCCGGUUUCAAUACAAGUUAAACUUAAUCAACAGCAUUUGUGGCAUAAUGUUGAUUACCACAAUAAUUUAAGCAGAAAUGGAGGUACAGUGAGACACUUACAAUGGAAGUCAAUGGGGUCGAUAUUUAGAGGGUUUAAAGGCAGAAAUAGGAAACUGCUAAUUAUUUAAAAGCACUUGUAAAAUUGGUUGAUCUUAACUUGUACACGGAAUAGUCCUUGAAGACCGGAAUUCUCGGAGAGCUCUGGAACGUUGGAAGAACUAUGUUUUGACAUUUUUCAAUCAGAAAGCUCUAAAUUAAAAAAAACACUCCUCAUUAAUAAUAAUAAUAAUAAUAAUAUAAGUUUUGAAGUGAAGGCUUGGACACUCAGGACACCUCUUCAGGGGUGGAGCGUUGUUUGGAUCACAGAGAACCCAAUAUGACUUUCUGAAACUCAGAAACACAUGUCAUGUCACAAACACACUUGAUGUUUUUGAUUAUUAUCAUAAUUUCUAGAGGAUCUAAUGAUGUUUCAUUCUGUUCAAACUGUCAGUCAGUGUAGAUUUGAUUUGGUCUGUACGACAUUGUGUCUGUCUCAUCUGUUGAUGUCUCCUUUUCCCUUGAAUGUCAAUUACACAUUUAUUUUGUGCAUUGUAUCUAGUAAAUAAGAUGUUUUGGGAAAGAAAAUCACAAAUAAACAGCUGUACAUACUGAUGCAAA